GAGCACCCGGAGGGGUUUAAGGAAGGGCAGGGGAGCGGAGGGGUUUCCGGGGUGGACAGGAUGGCGGCGCCGCAGUGAGCGGGAGCCGGAGCGCCAUGAACUCGGACGGGGCGCCGCCGGGCGGGGCGGCCGCCGGCACCACGGCCGGGAACGUUCCAAAUGCUGCUGCCUCUGCAACAGAGACAUCUGUUUCAAAUGGUGUCUACGUUCCUCAAGGGAUUGCCAAUGGGGAUGUCAAACCUGUUAUAUCAACAACGCCACUGGCAGAUUUUCUUAUGCAACUAGAAGAUUACACACCAACAAUACCAGAUGCUGUGACAGGAUACUAUCUGAAUCGAGCAGGGUUUGAGGCUUCUGAUCCUCGCAUAAUUCGUUUAAUAUCUUUGGCUGCACAAAAGUUCAUCUCGGAUAUUGCGAAUGAUGCCUUGCAGCAUUGUAAGAUGAAAGGAACUGCAUCGGGAAGCUCCAGAAACAAAAGCAAGGAUAAAAAAUACACCCUCACCAUGGAAGAUUUAAUUUCCGCUCUCACUGAAUAUGGCAUAAAUGUGAAGAAACCCCACUACUUUACAUAAAGAUCUGAAAGCGUCUUCUGCAAACUAGUGACUACUUUUUAACAUCUUACAAGUACUGUACAAUGUCAGCUCUGAAUACCUUCUCAGCAAAUGACAGUGGAACAGAAAUAAUGCCACAGAUUUGGAAUGUUACCAAUGUGACAAGUGCUAAAGUGGUUUGAAUCUCCAUCCAACAUUCGUUCAUUGUUUGAAGAGUCGCAUUAUUCUCACUGAUCCGGCAUAUCUUUUUGAAUUUUUAGUUAAACUGAUUAAAAGGAUUUGAAGUAUUUUCUUUGAACUUUAAAAUGAAUUUGCGAGGUAUUAUUUUCCUUUCUACGAAGCUUGUUUUGGGAUCCAUUUGAAAUAGAAUCUAAAUUAAAACUCUGCAUCUAAUGGCCUUUAGGGGAUUGGUCUGUAUAAUAGGUUUUUUUGAAAAUAGCAAGCUAGUUUUGUCAUUCAGUAAAAGAGAGCCAUAUUAUUUUCAGGUUGCAAUAGUGUGUUUUUCAUAAGAUGCAUUUGAAAAGUGUCUACUUGUAAAUGUGUUAUGGUUUUAGAGGGGAAAAAUGUUUUGUGCAGUCAAUUAAGGGGGAAGGAACAAUUUUUUUAUGUGUACUUGGGAAAGGGGGGGAAAUCAAAGCCAUUUCUGCUUUGCUCCAGCUUUGGGGAGUGCACCUCUUGUUCAUUAAACUCAAAGCUUAAGUUUGCUGUAAAUGAGUGGGGGGAAAAGCCUUUAGGAAACUACUGUUUCAGAUACAUUUAUCAGAACGUAGAUGUUUCUGGUUCUAUAUAAAACUCAUCAAUAAAAUAAUUAGCCUCUCUCUAAACUGGAAUUUUUUUUUUUAACUGAAUAUGCUGAUUUUUAAACUUUAUUGAAGUGAGCCCAAUUUAGAUACUGUUUCCUUUACCUUUUUAAGUGUUCCAGUGAUUUGGCUUGAAUUGCCUUAGAUUCUAUUUCUUGCCGUAGAAUGGAUGUAUGUUUCAUGAGCCUUUGAGAACAAGUGGAACAAGGAAUUUCUAUUCCUUUAGAAUCAAGAGCUUAUUACAGUCGAGACGUUUAAUCAAAUGAGUGGUGCAGAAACUGUGGUAGUUUCAAUCUUGCACAAGGAAAGAUUCUGUAAUCUAUAAAUGUCCAUUUCUUACAAUAAAUUUACACUUCAAUAAUUUCAUUAAGAAAUAAUUUUAAGUACAACUGGUCAUGUAUUGGGGAAUAUUCUACUUUUGAUAAGAUUACUGGUUUGAUAAAUUAUGCAGAGGUUAGUAAGUUUUUCAAUUUUUCAUUGAAAAAUUAUAAUAGAGGAGGAGGCCAUUCAGCCAUAGUGCCUGCGAUGGCCAGAAAAAGCUGCCCAGCCUAAUCUCACCUUCCAGCACUUCAUCUGUAGCUCUUGAAGUACAUGUCCGGUACCUGAUUAUCUAAGGUUUACUGUCUAUUUCAAGAAAUGAGUUCCUGACCCUUUCACCCUCUGGUGAAAUCUGAUUUUUCUUUCCUCAUCUCCACUUUGAUCCUUCCAGUUGCUUUAAUUCCUGGCCCUUUAGUUUUUGAGCUCUCUCCAAAUGGAAAUGGGUAACUCCUUUUUAUCCGGGACUCCCAUUAUUUUAUGCACCUCAACUGUUCACGUCUUUGCUUCCUCCAUAUUCCUAAAGAAUAACCCCAACCUAUCCAAUCUUCCCUCCAUAGCUACUAUUUUUCUGUCCUGACAACGUUCUAGUACAUCUCCCCUGAAUCCACUCCAGUGCAAUCACAUCUUGCUUAUAAUGUGAUUAGAACCAACUGCAGUACUUGCUGUGUUCUGACUGGUUCUAGAAUAACCUCCCUACUCUAAUAUUCUAUACUCCAUAAAGGAAAGAAUCUCGUGCAUCUUCAGUAUUGACCAGUCUUCUAAGGAUCUGUGGGUGUACACUGCACCUCUCCCUAUCAAAGUUAAGUUUAUUGUCAUAUGCACAGGUGCAAUGAAAAACUUGCUUCACAGGCACAGAGCAUCAUAUAAGCAGCAUUCACAAGAAAACAUAAAUUAUACACUUCUUACAAGAAAGAACACAAUUAGAACAAAAAGAAACAAUGUCCAUUUUGGUGCAAAGUUGCUACACUGCAGUGAUAGGGUUGUGCCGGUUGGUUCAAGAACCGAAUGGUUGAAGGGAAAUAGCUGUUCCUGAACCUGGUGGUUUGGGACUUCAGGCUUCUGUACCUCCUGCCCGAUGGGAGCUGCGAGAAGAUGGCAUGUCCUGGAUGGUGGGGAUCUUUGAUGAUGGAUGUUGCCUUGUUGAGGCAGUGCCUCCUGUAGAUACUAUUAUAAUCAACUGAAGUGAUUUUUCACAUACUGAACUGAAAAUGUAAAGAUACAUUCAAGAAACCUGUUAGGGAGCCCUUGGAACUUCGUUACACUUCUGCAUGAACAUUGGUACCCCUGAAAUGAGUUGCUCAGAUGUAGAUGUAUUUAUGUGGGCUGGAUGGUGGGGAUCUUUGAUGAUGGAUGUUGCCUUCUUGAGGCAGCACCUCCUGUAGAUACUACCAACAUAUCCUCUACUAUGUAUUCCCUUAACUUUUUGCACCUCUCCAAAUGCAUUACAUUGUAGAGAGACCUUGUAGAUAUUAAUACAGUGAUACUAUGUUGAUGAUGGUGGUGACAAGGGUGCACAUCCUUUGAGUCCAAAGCACCUUCUAAAUUUGUAAAAAUAAGUACUGAAUCACUUGGUGAUUUAGGCUCUUGGAAUCGUAUAACUAACAGCUCCAGCCAAGUGCUUGGGGCUGUCAAGUCUGCCAGAAGGUUGGGAGCUGUUAAUAACUAGUGAGCAGAAUUUUGGAGGCUUUUGGUGCUUAAAAAAUUUGAGGCUCUUUGUGUAAGUACACCUUGUGGAUAUCCUGUUUAAAUUUUAUUGAAAUUACCACUGUUUCAUUUUCACUUUUGGGUUCCACCAACCAUGAGAGUUUGUUUCAUCCUUGAUCUCAUUGUUUGCCUUUUUGCAUGAAAUAUUUGAGAAUCCAAUUGCUUGUUUUAAUCAAAUGUUUUUAUGAAAAACCUAUUGUUG